UCAACUGCAAUGAUCCGCAAGGUCUCUUCUACAUCAGCAACCCUAUUUGGACAGGGACAUUACCUGGAGAUGCUUUCUCGCGCUGCACCAGCGGAAAUGUUUUUUUACCAGACUCAGAAGCAAGUUCAACCUGCGUCCAGAAUUACAUUGCCCAUAUCAACUCUCAACUCGGUACCAUGAGUACAGUAUAUACAGAUUUGAAUGGAGCAGUGUCAUGCUACCCAAGGGUGGAUCCAUGCCCUUCCACAGGAACGAUUGUCAUGUGCCGCAAUACCCUAUCUAGCGCUAGCAAUGCUUCCACCAACUUACGAUGUCCAGAAAAUCUACAGAUCUCAAAUGGCAAAGUACUCUACCCAUCAGGAAACGUUUUCCCAUCACAAUCAUUCGACACAUGCAACCAAGGAUACUACAUCAGUGGCUUUAGACUUGCGGAGUGCAGCCCUGCGGGUGCCUGGGGGAACCGUGUGGCCACUUGUAUAGGAUACAGUUGUCCUGCACCAACACUAGCUAACGGUCAAAUCACGGGUACUGCUCCACUAUAUACGGCAUCAUGCAACAGUGGAUACCUGCUAUCUGGCAGCAUCAAUGUUACAUGCCUAACUGCAACCACAAACACACCUUUACCAACAUGUAUCCCAUACAGUUGUCCUGCGCCAACACUAGCUAACGGCUUAAUAACGGGUACUGCUCCUGUAUACACGGCGUCAUGCAACACUGGAUAUCAGCUAUCUGGCAGCACCACUGUCACUUGCAUGGAUGCAACCACAAACACACCUGUACCAACAUGUGUCGCAUACAGUUGUCCUGCGCCAACACUAGCUAACGGCUUAAUAACGGGUACUGCUCCUGUAUACACGGCGUCAUGCAACACUGGAUACCUGCUAUCUGGCAGCACCACUGUCACUUGCAUGGAUGCAACCACAAACACACCUGUGCCAACAUGUGUCGCAUACAGUUGUCCUGCGCCAACACUAGCUAACGGCUUAAUAACGGGUACUGCUCCCUGUUAACACGGCGUCAUGCAAC